GUUAUUUGGUGUGUAGCGAGUGUGGCUUAUCGCUGUGCGAGAAUGCUUCAAAUGCUUGCACGGAAAUGUGAGCUAAAUUGUUUCUCGUUUGAAUCGCGACAUAAUUAUCACCCUGAUUCGUAUCGCCUAUUUUCAGUUCCUUCUUCUCUCUCGUCCGUUUUGCUCUUACAUCAGUUACUCCAACCCUGGCCAGCUGGCUGUUUAGAACUAACAAGAUUCGACUGCCUUUUGCAUCUUUGAAAAAAAGAAAUUGGUCUCUCAAGAACAUUUUGUAGAAAGUAUUGUCGUUUUAUACUACUCGCCCAGAGAUAUCAAGCAAGAACUAUUGCCUAUUGGUUGGUUGGAGCAUCUUAGUGAGAUUAAUUUCGUCUGGUGUGCGUGAGCGCCGUAACUCUCAGGCAACAUGGACUUGUGUUGCCUUGGUGAUUUUCGAACAGCACCAAGUUACGCACUGCGAUUGGCAGGUGUAACAGUGCUGCUGGACUGCGGCCUGGAUACUUCUCCUUUGUCACACUUCGCUCCUAGGUCAGCUGUGGAAGUGCCAGUCUUGAAAACACCAGGUUCGAAAGAGCUAUGCUCGUCCGCUGGUCAGACUGCUGACUUGUCAAGCACAAGCGGCAGCUCCUACGUUUGUCCACCUGUGCUGGACUUCUUCGAUCCUUCCAGUUUUGAUGCGGUGCUACUCUCGAACUGCUCGUAUCUGCUCGCUCUACCGUAUCUAGUCAAGAAUGAGAAAUUCCGUGGGCGAGUACUCGCUACGCAGCCCACCCUCCAACUCGGCCGGCUAAUGAUGGAAGAAUUGGCACAAUAUGCAGAAGGAACAGGUGACAACUCACCCGAGAUGACUACACGUUUACAGCAUCUUCCACCUGAGGUACAGGAUGCUAUACGAACGGGGAAAUUCCAGCACUUAUACACGAUGGAGGAGAUUGCUGACGCCGUGCAGCGUGUGGAGCUGGUGUCCUAUGGUCAAGCUGUGGAUUUGUUCGGUCUUCUUGAAGUUACUCCCCACAGCUCCGGUUCCAGCCUGGGUAGCUGUAAUUGGUUGCUGCAAACUCCCUUCGACAAGUUUGUGUAUCUCAGCGCCUCCUCUCAGCUAACAACACAUCCCCAGGCGCUUCAUCAGGCGGCUCUUCACAAUGCGGAUGUGUUGCUGCUGUCCGGGCUGAGCUUGGCACCCACUUUCAAUCCCGAUAACAUGCUUGUAGCCAUGUGUGAAGCCAUGGCCUCUACUCUACGUGCUGACGGCAAUGUCCUCUUUCCUGUGUUUCCAACGGGUGUCGUCUACGAUAUACUGGAAUGCCUACUGUCGUACAUGGACAACCCCGGCCUGCACACCGUCCCCAUCUUUUUCAUCUCACCUGUGGCAGAUGCCUCUCUAGCGUUUUCCAACAUCUUUGGAGAGUGGGCAAGUACAAACAAGCAGAACAAGCUGUACCAGCCUGAGCCACCGUUUCCGCACACCGAGUUGAUCAAAAUGGGGCGUCUCAAGUUUUUCCCCAACAUACAUGAUACUGCAUUCAACAAUGCAUUCCGUAGUCCCUGCGUUGUUUUGGCUGGUCAUCCGUCACUGCGUCUGGGUGACGCUGUCCAUUUCAUGAAGCUUUGGGGAGGAAAUCGACGCAACACAGUUAUCCUGACAGAGGCGGGAUAUGCCAGUCCAGCUACUUUAGCCCCGUUUCAGCCACUAGCAAUGAAGGCUCUGUAUAACCCCAUUGACACUCGGCUCAACUUCCCACAGGCCAAUCGAAUGCUGCAAGAACUCAAGCCUGCUCAAGUUGUCGCUGCUGAUGCAUUACUACAGCCACCGCCAACUAUGCCGCAGCGCUCAGAUCUGUGCUUAGACAAGACUGCCGUCAAGUGCACUGGUCUGUCUGAUGGUGAGGUCAUUACUCUCCCACUACAGUCAGUCUAUCAGCGUGCCAUGCUGUCUCUGGAGGUUGCCGGCAGUCUGGACUUCGCAGAGUGCCGGCCGUCCGUGUUUGCUGCAUCGCUCUCAGCCUGCGUCAUGACGGAGAACAACCAACACCAGGUCGUCAAGCCGGGUGAUGAGCGUCCGUGGCAGGGCCUGGUUGCUGAAGUCAAGAAGCAAGCGACGACAAGCGCCGAUGGCAAUGCUGCUGCAGACCAUUCCAAGAUGGAGGUGGUGGAGGAUACUAAGCCGACCAGCACAUCUGGCAAGAGAGCCUGGGCGAAUAGCAUUGCAAUUGAGCCGCUUCGGGAAGCUCUGGCACGGCGUGGAUUUCACCAGCAGGUUUUCAAAACCACGCCCAAUGGCUAUCUACUUACUUUGUUACAAGAUCAGCACGAUAUUGCUACAGUAACUCUGGAGGACGGUGCCACACAUGUCACCAACCUGGACGCUUCCAGCGAUGCUCCAUUGGCAGUAAUCCACGAGGCACUUUGUGAGCAGAUUCGUAUGUUCUAGCUAGCUUUUGGACUUUGUAGUGUCUGUUUUGAGAAAUUGUUGCUGUGCCCCUUCUUAUAACAAACUCACAACUCAUGCCUCAGUGUAUAUUUUUGUAAAACACGAUUUUAUUUGAGUACCUUCAUUAAUGUACAUAGUAAAUGUCGGUCACCUGAAAUCUUAUCCAGCUCUUCUCACGUAUGGCGUGGAAGGGACUACUAGCUACAUAAUAAUGAGUGUGGUGGAACAGUGGGUUUUAGCGUUGAGAUGGCUUUACAUGUACGAAGACCUGAAAUUUCUAGUGAAUGAAUUGUUGAUGUAUGAAGAACUGAAAUUUCUAGUGAAUGAAUUGUUGACAUUGGAAUUUCAGGUAGUGUGCAGUUGCUAGAAUAGUGUGGAAUGGUCAGGAAUAAUAGUCUUCUUGCUUAUUAUUACAGAGUGUCUGAAUGGAAAUAGUACUUAGCAGUA